UAUCACAAAUUGAACUGAGGUCCGAGGUAAUAGUACAACCAAAUUAAUCAAUACAAUCAAAUUUCACACAUACUAACAAGAUUAUUAAAUCAUGUUAUCGUAAUUGAGUCUAUUAUCAUCACCCCCACUCUGCCUAAGCCAAAGAGUGACAAUAGCUGUUAAAAUAUCACAAUAGAUCAAAUUAAAAGAAAAGCCAUCUCAGUGUGAAUCUAAUGAGAGCCUUAUGAGUGGCUGAAACUGAUAUUUUUCUAUCAACAAAAGACUUAAUUAAUCAUAGGAACUUGCCCUCAUAAAAAACAUUCAAAAUAAGAUAUAAAUUCUUCACAAGGGUGAAACCUCUAUCAUAGCAUGUAAUACUUAGGCUUCGUUUGGGACUGCUUUCUUCCUGCUUCUUAAAGCGGUUUUCUAGUUUAAAAAUUAAAAAUUUUGAACUAGAAAGCAGCUUUAAGAAGCAUGAAGAAAGCCGUCCAAAACGAAGCCUUAAUUACUUUUCUAUCGAUGGAAAGAUUUAUUUCCUCGAUUCAAGUGAAUCAUGAGACCCUUCCGAGCCCACAUCGUCACGACAAAUUAUUACGUCCGGUCACCGGACCUAGAAAAUAGGUCCUGACAUCCACUAAAAAAAGUUGUCAUGCGGACCGCAUUUUGAUUGUGCCCUUUGACUGCGCUUUGGGUGCGCUUUGACUGCGCUUUACCUGCGCUUUAGGCACGCUUGAUUUAAAAUUCCACGGACACGUGUACAUUCCACGCGUCAAAUUUUUAUAGUAUAUUCGGACCUAUUUCUAGGUCUGGUGACUAGACGUAAUAAUUUGCCCACGGCCACAACAACGAGAAAAGCCUUCAGGCAACUAUCGAAUUUCAACAAUAGCAAUUUUCAAGUUCACUGGAGCCCGAAGCGAUCAGGUCAUACAUUGUGAGUGAAAUUGAUACAUUUAGAAGUUCUUGGGUCAUUUUUCAAAUUAUUUAGCCCUUAAAAAAUGCUCCAUUUUAAAUGUUCUCAUCAAAUAGACCAGUUCUAUACUUAUACUUUAGCAAGAGGGCUGUCUACAGUAAAGCGAAUGUAAAGCACAAAUAUGCUACAGUAGCUGUGUUUUUACUAUAGAUAGAGCGGAUCUCUCUGUCAGGUGACCGGAUGCAAUAAUUUGUCUAGCAAGAGGGCCGAACUUCAGCAGUUACAGAAGCCAACUGCAGCUAAAAAGAGUACUGUACAUAAAAAGAGAAAUGAGAAAUCCUUAGCUUUCAGUAUUUCACUCGGAUACCUCAUCUCCAUUAUUGAAGUGAGUACUACGCAACCCUAAGCACCAACAAAAGAGAAAGGAAACCACCGCGAAGCUGCCCAAUCCCCUCCUUGUCGCCUAAUUUAACUUAUCGCCGUACAAAUUUACUCCCAAUUCCUUUCAAAUAAAAAUAUUUCUCAAGUUAAACACCUUCCCCGCCUCUCUCUUGAUCGCCUCUUCUUAUUUAUACGAAAUUCAUCACCAUAUAUCAUCAAAGCGCGACUUUUAUCAACCAAAUAAGUUUUAAGCAAUGCGGAAUCUACUAAUUCUACUGAUAUUCACGGUUACCUUCGCUUCGACGGCAUCAUCUCUGCUCCGAAUCCCGGCUGCCAAUGUCACACUUGAGCACCUGGACCCUACCCUCCCGCCGGCGCUGACAACGAAGACGCCACCCAAGUGCUCCGUCCUCGUUCUCCACCACGUCUUUGCCAACACAGCCGGCGAGCCGCCGGCCGUCUCGAACUAUACCCACCCGCCGGAAUGCCCCUUCCCUUGGCCCCGUGUCGUUCUCGAGCUCUCAAUCUCAGCCUCCGACGUUCAAAAGGAUCGCAUCGCCGCCGUAUGGCUCGAUGGAGCUGAGCUCCUCCGUACCGCCACGCCUGUCCCAAUGGCUCCCGGCACGUUCUGGACGGUGCAGAAGGACGUCACCCGCUACACCGCCUUGUUCCGCCGCUUAUGCGGCAGCAGCGGCAUCACCACCACUGGUAUCGUGUCUAUGAUGCUCGAGAACUCCAACGCCACCCUUCCAGGCGUUUUCGCAGCUAACGUUACGCUUCACUUCUACCGCGGUCCCCUCUCCGGCGAGCGCUUUGGGUACGUGGUUCACCCCACCGCGAAGGACCUCUACCGCCGCCCCGCCGAUAUCAUCCUCCCCGUCUCCCAAGACAACGGCGAAUGCGGCGCCGGCUUCUGGUUCCGCGUCGAGAACGACACCGACAUCCCCGCCGCCGCCGUCGCCAUCCCUCGCAACACCCAGCGUGCCGUUCUUGAAAUCUUCGCUUCCUACCACGCCCACGACGAAUCCUGGUACGCCAAUCCCCUUCGUUCCGCCUACGACGGCGGUGGUUCUUUCGCCAACGGCGGAUUCCGUCAAAUCUACGCUACCGUCGAUGGCCAAUUCGCCGGCGGACACAUUCCUUUCCCCGUCAUCUACCCGGGCUCAAUAAACCCCUAUUUCUGGUCACCGGUUGCGGCAAUUGGGGCUUUCAAUCUACCGACAUAUGAUUUAGACGUGACGCCUUUUCUGUCGUAUUUGUUGGAUGGGCAGCCGCAUGAGAUAGGGCUUGGAGUGAGAGAUAGCCAGCCGUAUUGGUUGUUGGCGGGAAAUCUUCAUUUGUGGGUGGAUGAGUGGUCGGAUAUGGUGUCGGCGGGGGUGGUAGAGAUGAAAGCGCCGCCGUUGAAGGUGAAUCGGCAUGCGGAGUGGAGAAAUUCCGAUGGAGGAUCGGAGAUCAAUGCGGAGGGGUUGGUGAGAUUUUCCGGGUGGGUGAGUUCGUCGGAAGGGAAUAUGACGACGACGGUGAGGCAGAAGGUGAAGUUUAGGAGCCAGGUGGAGGUGCAGAACAGGGGUGCGGUCUCACAGGUGGAGAUGACAAACAAGGAGAGAACAUCAAUCGCGGUGCUAAAAAAUGGGCAACAAACAGUAUCAAGAGUUCAAGUGUUCGUAGAAGCCCCACUACAACUACAGACUUCGCGUGUUAAAGCAAUGGGCGGGGCUCUGUUUGAGAAGGCAAGGGUAAGCCACCAGCUCCAAGAAGUGGUUAACCUUAAUGAGAAUGGCCAGGCUUUAGAAGUUAGUGUUUUGAUGGAUAAACAAGAAGCAGAGGGAUCCCUGCUUAAAAGAGAUGGGCAAUCACAGCCAGUGUGGGGAAGUGGAAGCUCCAGGUCUUCGUAUAAGUAUAGGGAUAGGAACUCUUGUUACUUGCGCAGCUUAACCGCCGUAGAAGGGAUAGUCAAGGCAGACUUAAUGAGUGCUUCAUGCGCAAGUACUGAGAUGGCAGAGGCUUAGCUAAAGAUUGAGUGAGAAUAAAGAGGUUGGGUUUUGUUUGGUAGGAGUAGCUAGCAUUUAGCCAGGUAUUAGAGCUUUGGUGUCUAGCUAGCUCUAGGGUUUGGUUUCAUAGGGAGAUGUGAAGAGAAUUGAGGAGAUUGUGAUCUGUUUGUUGUAAUCCUUGUAUUUGCAGUUGGUCUAGUUAUGGAAAUAAGAAUUUGUGGGUGUUCUUUUUUUUA